AUGGAUUUAAAUAUAAAUAUUAAUAUUAAUAAUAAAAAUAAAAAUAAAAGUAUUGAAGAAAUAAUUGACAUACUAUCAUUAGAAUUUCAACAAAAACCAUUGGAAUCAGAUUUUCUAUUAUCAUUAUUCUAUACAACUAUUUUUCAUAGAAAAAGUUAUAUACUAUGUAACCCUUUCCCACCAUCAUUUAUUGAUAUUCCAACAACAACACAAAAUAAAACCUCAACAAUAACACAACCUCAAAAGAAUUUUGAAUCACUUAGAUCAGCAUUCUCUCAAUUACCAAAUGUAAAUUCUCUCUCAAAUAAAGAAACACUUUCAAAAUUAUCUCAUCAAACACUUCAAGCAUUAUAUUUCAUUUUAAAAUCAUCUGAUGGUAUAUCAGUUAAAUUUAUAGAUUAUAAAAAGUUUGAAAGAAAACAUGGAUUUCUAAAAGAUUCACCAGACCAUUUAAAAAUUUCACAUAAACCAUCUUUUGUAUUUAAAGUCAAAUAUAAUGUAAAUAGUAAUAAUAAUAAUAACAAUAGUAAUAAUGAUAAUAGUUUUUGUAGCAGUAGUAACAAUAAUAUAAAUUGUAAUAAUAAUAAUAGUAAUAAUAAUAAUAGUGUUUUAGUUAGUAGUUAUCAUGAAAAAAGGCAUAGAAAAUUUAAAGAACUUGAAAAAGAGAAAGGUUCAAUGUUAGGUUAUCAUGGUAGUGCAAAUGAAAAUUGGUUUAAUAUUAUCAAAGGUAGAGGAUUCUCUCAUCAAUUCGUUUCAGAGGAAUGUUUAUUUGGUAAGGGUUUUUAUUUCUCUUCCGAUAGUAAAGUAUCAACUACUUUUAUUAAAUGGGGUGGUAAUGGAAGUUCAUCAUCCUCAUCAUCAAAAAAUAAUAAUAAUAAUAAUAAUAAUAAUAAUAAUAAUAAUAAUAACCAUAUCAGUGAAUUAUGGUGGCCAAAUUCAAUGUGGGCAAAAAAGAAAAUUGGGUUCUUAUCAGCAUGUACUUUAAUUAAUACAAUUGAAACAGCACGUGGUAUUGAAGUUAUGGCAACUAAUCAUCAUCAAUCACCUCAUGUCUUUACUGAAAAGGAUCGUUCUUUACCACCUUGUUAUAUUUUAGCUGAUAAUUCAGAGGAUAUUAGAGUUAAAUAUAUGUUAUUAUUUAGUGAAGAUAUUAGUAAUAAUAAUUCUAAAAAUAAUAAUAUAAAACAACAAAACACAAAACCAAUUUUAAUAAAUCAACACCACCACCAACAACAUCAACGUCAACAACCAAUGAUUGACAUUAAUAGAAAUAGUGAUGAUGGUAGUAGUAAUGAUACAUUUAUUCAAAGAGCAAAUAAUGCCAAUGAUAGUAUAAUGGUUAAAUUACGUCCAUUGUUUAGAUUUUUAAUGGUUGUUUUGGUGGUUUUUGCUGCUCAUUUCUUAUUGAAUACAUUUAAAACUGCAAGUAAAAAGAGUUCAAUCUCUCAUAAAGGAGUCUUUUACUAA